AUGCAAAGCGCGGAGCGAGGAGAGCGGUUCAUCGGGGAGGGCGAAGAGACGAGCGGAGCCGAGGGAACAAAAAUCAAAGUCGGUACCGGAACCAAAAGAGCGACAAGAAGAAGACGCUUUAACGCCUGCCUGCCCGCCCGCCCCGCGCACGGGGCAGCGCCUCCCGUUCCCCGCGGCGCUGCGCGGAGCUGCCCCCUCCUGCGCCGGCACCCGCGGCGGGGGGGAGACCCCUCGGGCGGAGGAGGGGGGGCUGCCUCUGCCCCCGGUCUCUGUGUGCAGGACGGGCACGGAGCCGCCAAACCCGCACGUUUGCCCCCCGGCCUCAUUAAUUGGAUACAUUCAGAACUAAUUGUGUUUGCUUUUGCCGCCCCCCCCCCUCCCCGCGCGGGAGGGACAGGAGGCGGCGGCGGGCGCGGUGCGAACCCCGACAGCGCCAUCUCUCGUCCGCAGUGUUACAGAAAUACCGAACAACCCUGCGCCGGAGAAGAGGGAAAAGGAACGGCAGAGAAGCAGCAGAAUCAAUUACAGUGUGUGCUGAACAACCCCAACUCUCUCAGCCUGUCUUCAUACAGGAGGUGCUCCAGCCCUUGGGUCAUCUCUCUGGCCUCCUCUGGACUCGCUCCAACAGCUCCGUGUCCUUCCCAUGCUGAGGACUCCAGAACUGCUCAGUGGUUCACAUCAUUGAUUGGGCUCCAUUAUGCUGAAUUCUGGAAUGCCCAAAGAGCUGGAUAUGAAGCAGGAGACAACAGAUACAAAAAGAGAUGUGGACCACGAGGGAACCAUGAGCUACAGAGUCACCCUGCAGUGGGUUUCUCUUCCAAGCAGAGCUGGGGUCCACUUUCCCAGAGAGCAAUGAGCAGAGCUGGAGGAGGUGGCGAGAAGGAUCGCGGUGCUCCUGGGGCCCAUCUCUGCCCCUGCCGCCCCCCAUCAUUGCUGCAAGCAUGGAACUGGGAACAAACCGGGAUGAAAUCUGACUGUUGUUUCAGGUGAUGUGAAUGCAACGCUUGCUUUGCUCAUUUUUAAAGAGUUAUAGGAAUUCUGGAUCCGUGUCAGGGCUGUGAUCCCUAGUGCAGAAGGAAAAAGGAUUUUUAAUGAAAACCAGCUUCGGUUGUGAAUAUUUAAUACAGUGCCCAAGUGGCAACAGGAUGAUAAAGUUUUGAUAGGCCUGGUAUUGGCUUUUAUUUUUUUAAGGGGGGAACUCCUCUCUCAGUAACGGAAAAAGCAUUUUUAAUGCCAACAUCAAUAUAAAGUGCUGCUGGGACUUUUAUAUCAUUUCAAUAUCAGGCCUGUGUUCAAGGAGCAAAAAUAAAUGCGAUGUUCACAUCCAUUUGGUAUUAUAGCUGAACAGUUUUCAACAAGCGCUUACCAUGUUUUUAUACACAAAGUAUGAUUUGGAAGUUGGGGCUAGAAAAUGAGGGAACCGGAGGGAGGGGAAGCUGUUUCUUAAUUUAUAGAUGCGUAAAUCAGGUUAUUUUGCAAAUAGCAGAAUUUCUUCUUUUUACCUUCUCCUUUCCCUGGCAGCAUCAAUAAAUUUGUUUGAUGCACUUUAAAUGUUUAAUUAAAACAUUAUGUUAGCACAUUUACUGUAAGUGAUAAAACCGCUUUGGAGGUGGUCUUAAAGCAAUUGGUGGCUCUGAAAUUGCUAGCCAUGCACUAGUAAAUCAGAUACAAAGUCCAUAAAUUGGAAUGAUUCUCUUUCAGGCCUGUGCCAUUUCACAGAUAUUAAAGCUGCUUAAUUUAAUUCCUCAGUAAUGUGGAAUGUGUACAGCAGCUGACGUGACUUCUUCAGCCUGAUUGUUUAAGGUCACAUAAACUCAGGCCUCCAGAGCACAGGAUAGAAAUUCCCUCUUAUAUUAAGACUGUUUAUAAUUCAGUUCUCCUCCAAUCCCUUAAUCAGAAAAGAAAUGUUUAUUGUGUGAUAUUCCUAUAAAAUAAGUAGGAAUUGUAAUGAAUAUUUGAAAAUGUAGAAAAAAUAUGCACUAAAUCACAGCUGCUGGUACAAACGUCUCCUCUUUUUAAGUAGGUUUGUUCAACUUAAAAGGAAAACUUGUUUUUAAUGCCAGGCACUCACUUUUAUAGAUGGAAUGCAACUCUACUUUGUAAAGUACCAGGUACAAAGGAGAAGUCAAAGCUACCGUAAACCGUUCCUUGCAAAUGACUUUGUUCCUCAGCAAGGAACACCGCCCCAUAUUUACCAGAUGAAAUCUAUACCCAGCUGAAGUCAAUGGGAGUUUUGCUGCUUCCUCCCAUUAGAAGGGCUCAUGCUUUUAGGAACUGCAUAGGUAGCAUCUUUAGCAAUAUGCAAGGGAUAACAUCUGUGGCUCCACUGCUGGUUUAAUACCUGCAUUCAAAACACGGCAGUAAUAAAAGCUUCAGAACAAAUUAUUACGAUUGGCUUCUUUGCCUACGUUGGAAAUCUUUACUGAAUCAAAUUAAUACAGAAUAUAAAUAUCACAAUUAGAUUUCACCAAGAUGAGCAAAUAAUGAAGCUUUCUUCUUCAGUGAAGAAAGUAGAUUUUCUUGACAAAUCUCUAAGUCAGCAUUUCUUGCAAGAUGAACUUUUUUUCCCCUUCCCCCAGCGGUGUCAAUAGCUGGGAAGUCAAUGAUUUCCAAGGAUGUCACGGAUAACUUGCAAUAGGAAAGGUAAAAGUUCACUCAUUUUGAUGUGUACAUAACCCAUUUCAGUCAUCUUUAACAAUAUGUAACAUGAAAUUGUUAGGAUGGAAAACUUGACUAAAUGUCAUGUUCCCUGCUCAUAAAAAUGCCGUAGGACAAGCUUGUCCUGGGAUGCACAAGAAAAAUCAGUUCUGUAGAGGCUUGAUUGCAGGGCAGCAGGAGGUCUUCAGGAAGACCUCUGCUGCAGGAGCCACUGGGUUGAUGUGAGGGUUUCUAGGGCUGUGGAUGCUUCCUUUUCUUCUCUGCAGUGUCUAGAACCAUGGAGUGUCUAGAACCGUGGAGAACUCAAUGCCAUGCAAGAGAUGAAGCAGCAGUGUGCAACAUAUGCUGAGGCUGGUGGUGUCAGAGGCGUGUGUUGGUGGAAAUGAUCCUGUCAUCUUCAGCAUGUUUUUAAUUCAUAUCUGCUCCCUUUCCUAAUGAAACCACAUUUUUACCACCAGCAUGAGGUAGAAUGGAUUUUUAUCUCUCAUGCAUCAACAAAGUUAUCAGCACGUUUUAAUUAGACUGUGUUGUGAGAAGCAGCAAGAGCACAGCUGGAUUUUCUGAUUCCAGACCUGAGGUAUCUGUGAGGCAGACAUUGGAGAAAAUAACUAGAUCCUGAGGCUCAUUAGACCGUGUAGCAUUUAAACCAGGGUUGAAUUUGUCUCAUGAACUCUGUCCUGUGUGGUCAAAUUCCAACUGCAUGUCUGCCUGCCCUACUAUUAAUCACUUUUUGGAUUAAGAGACAAAAUUACCUCUCCAACAUUCUUAAGCAAAUGAGGGUUUUUUUCCAUAAACAACCAGAGAAAUCAAACUAUUUGUUUUAACUUGUUGAUUUGUCCAAGUUAUCUCAUCCCAGAUCCAAUGAGUGUCCCAAAUAUUAAUAGGAAAACUUCUCUGUAACAGCUGCACCUCUUUUAAAGCUUGUAUUUUCUUCAGUCUUGGGUUGUGCUGGUUUCAGUCCUCAAUGGUUAAAAAAGAGCGGCAAAGAAGGAAAGCAUGGGCAAUCUCCCCCAUCUUCACCUGACCUAUUUUAGAUUCUCUUAACUGUCAAAAGAAACAGAGAAAUUAAUUGUUACCAUACAUAGUAAGGCUUUGUUAAUAAACUCUGACAAAACCCUGUCAAGCAUCAAAGUGAUUCUCAGCAGAAAUUAACUGAGUGCAUUGGAGUCAUUUAUGCCACCGUUUCUGAAAGAAGAAUGCUUGAUUCAGUAUUUAGCAUAAAGAAUCUUCAUCACUGAAAAAAACCCCCAGAUUUUGGGCAGUUCAAGUUUGGUCAUUGUGUUUCAUGUAAAGACGAAAAAGACAUUUAAUAUAAAAUAUCAGCUCAACCAGAGUUUUUAAUGCACCAGUUGUGCAUCUGUAUUGCACAAAUGUCAUAACAUGUGUUCACAAUGAAGAGCAUCAUUCCUAGCUACCGUGAAUUUUGAUAAUGUACAGGCAUGAAGCUCAUCUUUAUAUUUGUCAUAGGUUAAACUGCUGUACUUAAGCAUCCAUAUUAAUACAGAUCUGAGCAGAUCUCUCCUCACGCUCUGCUCAAGGCCCUCAAGGUUUUUUCCUCUAUUUUUUUUAAAUGGAAAACUACAUUUUUAAACAGUUUUUAUAUUUCAUAAUAUAGUUUGUGACAGGGCUAUUUCACCAUUCACUAAUGUGGGCUGCGGUGUCAUCACAAAGUCCCUAACACUGCGUCAGUGUUAGUCUAUGGAGAAGACAUCAAGAUGUCAAUAUAUUCCGAAAGGGGAAAGAGUGUCAGUGCAAGUCUAUGGAGACACAGUGGUAUGUGAAGAGGAAGCAAAAUGAAAUUGUAUCUGCGAUUGUACAACGCUGCCAGACAAAGACAUGCUCAACCCUGAAGCCUUUUAAGAAGUACGUGCAGUGUUCAAGAGAAAGCAAACAGGUAAUUGUGAUAUUUUCAAACACUGAGGAAGCCUUAGCUCUAAGUAAGUCCUCUGUGAUAAAAUACCUCAACUACAAUCUGAAGUCUCAGAGUAGUGAGAGCAGGUGAUGGGAAAAGCAGUGUGCGUUAAACAAUGGAACAGAUGAACAGCCUGUUGGGUUGUGCAUUGCUCUCCAAACUACUCUCCUCACGUGGAGGGGACCUUUUCCUGGUCAGUGGACAGUGCAGCAUCUUCUUCAAGGGUUUGCAUGACUUGUGGGCAGCUCAAAAGAGCAGCCAGCAAAACCGAGGUGAGAGUUUUCUCCUGUAGCCAAAGGACUGUAUGUACCACAACACCAGUACCCAAAUAAUGCUUGUGGUGCAUGGUGAGACCUGGUGAUUUCAUGGAGGUGGGGUUGAGCAGAUUGAAAGGUUUGCUUGUGUUCAAGCAACUAGCCGAAGCCCUCAGAGAUGCACAGCUCCACCAGCCUCUGCAAGUAUUUGUCUUUCCUCACCCCAAAUUCAAUGCAGCCUUGCAACUCCCCAUCUCACCCGCUGCCUUUUCUCUCAGUUGUGCUGAACGUCGCUUUGGGUUGUGGAGGGAGUGGCAUCCCCUACUCUGCUUCACAGCAUGCCCUUUGAAAGGACACACCACUAUUUCACUAGCGUAGCUCUAUAGCGUUGUGUUACAUUUUCUGAGCCCAGACAUCUGGAACUUAUCAUCUAGGGGCCAGGUUUGAGGAGUAUCUUCACUUUAUGCUGCCUGCAGGAAGGAGGAGGGCAGAGGUUUCACAUCAGUGCAGCACAGUCGAGCCCUAAUUAUUUUUCUCAUGACAAGUGGACAAUGCGAAGGUGCCUGUUAAUGUGUGACCCACCAAAGCCCUUUCUGAUACUCAGGGGAAUGUUCCUACAUCAACAUUUGUCACAUCAGAGCAAAACUGAGGUGAAUGGAUACAGAUGCAUCCUUGCUGUGAUGUGAAUGGCUCCAGGUAUGUAGAAGCACUUCCAUAUUUUAGGAAUGGAAGCUACUUUUCUUCAAGAGUUCCUGAAGGCUAAUUGUCUGAAGAGAUCGAGGCAUCUAAAACCCUAAAAUUCAGAAGGCUUUCAGCUAGGGCAGAUUUCAAAACCAUCCUGGUGCCCGGCUCUCGUGACAAUACUUGUCAAAAUAAGGCUCUGUCCUCCCCCCAGCUGAAAAAUGGGACUCUGGAGGUCCCGCCACGCUGUUGGGUGCUGUGAAAGUAAAAGUACUGUGAUAAGUCUUACUGCAUUCAUUUAUCAGUGCGAAAUAGAAAACAAGCCAGGCUUCAGCACAGCAGAAGAGAUGAAAGAUGCAAUUGUCCUGACCUUGGGUGGUUGUUUUCCCCCCCCGCCCAUGUGCUCUGCAAUGCGCUCUGUCUUUCUAAUGGGGGGAUUCCUGUCUUUACCACAGGUAAGGUCAGCGUGUGCAUCCUCCUGGGCAUGGAGCUGCGGCUGCUGCAGAGCAGAAUGAAGCCAGAUCCACCGCUGGUGCAACUCCACCAGAGCUCCCAGCCUUACAGAAGGGACUAAUUUGGCCUUGUGUAUUUUGAAUAAAUUGUUAACUCUUCUCGGCAUGAAGAAGUGAUUAUUGAAAAGUUUUCCUCCACAUACAAAUGCAAAUGACAGUCGAAGAACACGUGAAUGUUAAUCUUCCAAACCAAGUACGUAGACAAAUGCUAGUCAUUAGAAACAUUUCCGUGCAUUUAUAUUAGGCUGUCCUCUAAAAGACUUUUCAGACAAAUAUGUCAUCAAGAUAUUCAAAACCAUGUAAUCUUAUCCAAAGUUUCAUCUAUCAACAGUACAGUUUUCAUCUCUCGCAGCUGUGUGUCAGAAUGUGCAGGCAGAUUAGCCAGCUGAUAGCAUGGGGGGAAGGGAGAGAGGGCUUCUGUCAUCACCGAGAAAUGCUGCUGGGGAGAAAAGACUGUCGAUUUCUUAAAAAUCUCCCCAAGAACCCUUUCCACGUGGGGAUGCAGGGGAUAUCUGCACAGGCUUUAAUUUUUGACAGCAGUUUGUGCUCGCCUCUGCUCGAAGCCCUCCCCGCCCCCCGUUUCCCCUUCCCUGC